AUUCAGCUGAUCCGCAAAAAAACAUCACAAGCAGCUGGCGCGCAAACUUAUCGUUUGCUACUUUUGCGUAUUCAUUUACUAUGUUUUGAGUGUUCUUUUGCAAAUUGUAUGUAUACAAAUAGCUAAUAGCUUACAUUUUCAUCUUGGAACGAUCAAUCAUCAUGAGGUAAACAAAUAGCCAUCAAGCUACAAGAAAAAAACUAUGACGUUAACGACAAUGCUGUCUUCUGCUGUCGCCUAUCAAAUUCACAUGUUUCACAGGUCUGCUCUCCUCCACACAGUAAGAAGAGCCAAAUGGCGAAGAUGCUCAAAGUUGUGCAACACGAGCUUGUUGGGGUUUGUUUGUCCAUUUGCACAUUUCUCACUAAGUUAUAUGUUCAAUGUCAUCGACAUAGCUAGCUAACUAACGUUACCUAGCUAUAUUAUAUCCCCUGUAAGGGAGCUACUGUAACCAAAGUUGCCCCUUUGCAAUGUUUUCACAUCAGAUGGGUCCAUCAAAAGAUGCACAGAAAUCUAAAGCAACGGACAGUCCUAUUUCCCCAAAUGUUUCUACCAUUGAGAAAGCCAGUUUCCUCGACGAGUGCGAUACUUAUGGUGAGUUGAAAACAAACCUAAAUCGUUUAUGAGUAUGAAAAAUCAUUAAUGUCAAGAAGUUCUACAACAAAUGUCUUAAUUGACCGCCCAGGUAACCCACUGCACAGCACUGCCCUUGAGGAUGAUUUCAGCCCAAACUUGGCUCAAAACAAAGAGGAAGCGGCAAAAGAGGGGGCAGCUAAGGGAAGAUGGGGCCCAUCCAAAAAGGUUAAUAGUGCGACCCCAAAAAGACCCACACCGGCUGGGAGAGGUCAGACCAAACGGAGAGCUAGCAAAGUGGUCCAGCCAAAGGGUUCUCCCCAACAGAAAAAGGUCAAACCAAAAGCCAGGUAAAACCUACUUGUCACAGUGUGGGAUAUUACAAGCCUGUUUUGCUCUCAUCCCUUUAUGGAGAGGGGAAAUAAGAAAAUAUCCACUAACAAUGGAACACCAAAGUUCUAGUUUCAAACUUAUUAUAUUCCUUUUCCUACAAUAAUGGUCAGGCCCCAAAAAGAGAUUGCAGAAGGGAUAGGUGAAGAGGAUUUAACAGAAGCUCAGAGAGGGUCUUCUGCCCCACAGAAACAGGCACCUGCGCCCCAGAAAAAGGCACUGGUCAGAAAGGAACAGGACACAGAAGCAGAUGACUCGGUAUGACAUUUAUCCCAUCUUUCAGUAACAUAAGAGGGGCACUGUUGCUAAGAGCAUUGUUACAUUAAGUUGCCUGUGAUGAGCGUAAUGUCCUCCAAUCACUGCUUCCUAACAGAGGUCAUCGGGCGAGGAGGAGGAGGAAGAAAUUGAGGUGUCUGCUCCGGGCUCCGGUCCUCGACCUGUUCAUAGGAAACGUAGAACCUCCCUGUCUUCAGAGGAUCUGACGAAUGAGGACAUUAGUUGGGUAAGAACAGCCACUGCUCUUCCCAGUGAGUGACUAAAUGUGAGAUGUUUCAGUCACCUUUUCCUUUAAAGAACUGUAACAUGUAUUCCUUCCUUGUCAUCUGUGAUACAUUUGCAACUUUUUGUUUGGAUAUGUUGCCUUUUUCCUGACCACAUCAGCCCUUCAGAUUGCUAAGGAAAAGGGGAAACUCAACCAGUUAUCUCGCCACAGAAUCCAAGUCAGAAGAAGGCCAGACUAGAUGAUGUUGGAAAGCAAAGGAAGUCCUCAGUUGAGAGGAGGAGUUUGCAGGGAUCGAGGAGUUGGCAGGGUCCGAGGAGGAGUUGGCAGGGUCCGAGGAGGAGUUUGCAGGGGUCGUGGAGGAAGUCAUCCUCAGGUAACAGAGCUAGAUGUCUAUUCAGCACCACAUCCUCCCAGACAGACAGAUGAGUCUCUCUCUCAAGACCACCUGAGUGAAAUACCGCACUGCAUGAAUGAAUUGAUUUGUGUAAAAUAUACACCACAGAAAUGAAUCCAUGUAUUUUAUUUUCAGGAAGUGCCAGCCCUUCUAAAAGAGAUGAGCAGAGACGAAGGAAUGUAAAAAAUCCCACUGAUCUUGAUGUGGUGUUGGACUCAUUUUUGGAAUUCGUGUCAGAGUAUAUGUGAGUUCCCAUCAUCACUUUAGCAUAGAUAGACACAUCUUUAAAGUAAUCAUUAUCUGAAGUAAUUAUGAGAUUGCAAAAUGUUUAUAAAUGUUCUCCCUGUUUUAUUCAGGGAUGCAGUGGAUUCUAAUGCAGUAUUGCUGGCUAUAGAUGCUCUCUCAAGCUCUUUUGAAGAUCAACUCACAGAGAAGGUAACUCAUUGUGGGUGACCCAUUGUCAAACUUUGCAAAACCAAUAGUGGAAAAACAUUUUAUUAUUAUAGUGUUUUGCAUCUUCAGGAUGCCCAGCCCACAUGGGCUUAUAAGACAUUAUUUGCUGUAGAAAAAUACAAUAAUUGUGUGUAAUAUAUAUAUAUAUAUAUAUAUGUGUGUAUAUAUAUAUAUAUAUAUAUAUAUAUAUAUAUAUAUAUAUAUAUAUAUAUAUAUAUAUAUAUAUACACACCUACUCAUUCAAGGGUUUUUCUUUAUUUUAACUAUUUUCUACAUUGUAGAAUAAAAGUGAAGACAUCAAAACUAUGAAAUAACACAUGGAAUCAUGUAGUAACCAAAAAAGUGUUAAACAAAUCAAAAUAUAUUUUAUAUUUGAGAUUCUUCAAAGUAGCCACCCUUUGCCUUGAUGACCGCUUUACACACUCUUGGCAUUCUGUCAACCAGCUUCACCUGGAAUGCUUUUCCAACAGUCUUGAAGGAGUUCCCACAUAUGCUGAGCACUUGUUGGCUGCUUUUCCUUCACUCUGCGGUCCAACUCAUCCUUAACCAUCUCAAUUGGGUUGAGGUCGGGGGAUUGUGGAGGCCAGGUCAUCUGAUGCAGCACUCCAUCACUCUCCUUAUUGGUCAAAUAGCCCUUACACAGCCUGAAGGUGUGUUGGGUCAUUGUCCUGUUGAAAAACAAAUGAUUGUCCCACUAAGCCCAAACCAGAUGGGAUGGUGUAUCGCUGCAGAAUGCUGUGGUAGCCAUGCAGGUUAAGUGUGCCUUGAAUUCUAAAUAAAUCACAGACGGUGUCACCAGCAAAGCACAAUCACACCUCCUCCUCCAUGCUUCACGGUGGGAACUACACAUGCAGAGAUCAUCCGUUCACCUACUCUGCGUCUCACAAAGAGACAGCGGUUGAACCAAAAAUCUCAAAUUUGGACUCCAGACCAAAGGACACAUUUCCACCGGUCUAAUGUCCAUUGCUUGUGUUUCUUGGCCCAAGCAAGUCUCUUCUUAUUUGUGUCCUUUAGUAGUGGUUUCUUUGCAGUAAUUUGACCAUGAAGGCCUGAUUCACGCAGUCUCUUCUGAACAGUUGAUGUUGAUAUGUGUCUGUUACUUGAACUCUGUGAAGCACUUAUUUGGGCUGCAAUUGGAGGCUGGUAACUCGAAUGAACUUAUCUUCUGCAGCAGAGGUAACUCUGGGUCUUCCAUUCCUGUGGCAGUCCUCAUGAGAGCCAGUUUCAUCAUAGCGCUUUGUUUUUUUGCGACUGCACUUGAAGAAACUUUCAAAGUUCUUGAUAUUUUCCGUGUUGACUGACCUUCAUGUCUUAAAGUAAUGAUGGACUUUCAUUUCUCUUUGAUUAUUUGAGCUGUCCUUGCCAUAAUAUGGACUUGGUCUUUUACCAAAUAGGGCUAUCUUCUGUAUACCCCCCCCCCCCCCCCCCCCCCCUACCUUGUCACAACACAACUGAUUGGCUCAAACGCAUUAAGAAGGAAAGAAAUUCCACAAAUUAACUUUUAACAAGGCACACCUGUUAAUUGAAAUGCAUUCCAGGUGACUACCUCAUGAAUCUGGUUGAGAGAAUGCCAAUAGUGUGCAAAGCUGUCAUCAAGGCAAAGGGUGGCUACUUUGAAGAAUCUCAAAUAUAAAAUAUAUUUUGAUUUGUUUAACACUUUUUUUGGUUUCUACAUGAUUGUCUUAUUUCAUAGUUUUGAUGUCUUCACUAUUAUUCUACAAUGUAAAAAUAAACCCUGGAAUGAGUAGGUGUGUCCAAAUGUUUCAAAAAGUGUUAAACAAAUCAAAAUAUAUUUUAUAUUUGAGAUUCUUCAAAUAGCCACCAUUUGCCUUGAUGACAGCUUUGCACACUCUUGGCAUUCUCUCAACCAGCUUCAUGAGGUAGUCACCUGGAAUGCAUUUCAAUUAACAGGUGUGCCUUUUUAAAAGUUCAUUUGUGAAAUGUCUUUCCUUAAUGCGUUUGAGCCGAUCAGUUGUGUUGUGACAAGUUGGGGGGGUAGGUAUACAGAAGAUAGCCCUAUUUGGUAAAAGACCAAGUCCAUAUUAUGGCAAGAACAGCUCAAAUAAGCAAAGAGAAACGACAGUCCAUUACUUUAAGACAUGAAGAUCAGUCAAUACGGAAAAUGUCAAGAACUUUGAAAGUUUCUUCAAGUGCAGUCACAAAAACCAUCAACCGCUAUGAUGAAACUGUCUCUGUUCACACGGCAGUGAAAAACUAUUGACAAAACAAAACCUUUCAAGUAUAUGUUGCAAAUAUUAUAAACGCUUUCAUAAACACAUUUUCUUAAUUUGUUAUUUCCGUAGAUAACUGCUUCAAAGGAGCUAAAAUUCCUGAAAUGGGAAAACGCAAAGGUAAAAGCUUUUCUUUAGAUAUGAACACUACAAACACUAGAUCUCUGGAAGCCUGUGGACAUGUCUCUCAGAACUCUCUAGUCUCAUGUUCUGUAGUUCUUCUUGGACAACAAGGAUAUUCACUGUGUCCCGUCAUAAUCAUUUAAUGAAGUCAGUCAUCAGCCUAUUGUUGUUUUCUCAGAUGAACGCUGCCAUUAACCGUAAGAGAGCCAGGCUGCUCGAGGCCAAAAAUGAACUUAUAAGGUAUGAGGUUUUACUUGUAGAUUGCUGUGUAUGUUUACUGUAAUUUUAUGUACAAAUGGGGCUAAAGCAAGGUGAACUGCUGAGGUAAUAGAAUGUUUACUGUGAUGUUUUAUAUCUAUAGUAUAUGGCAUGUUUCUCCUCAAACCCAACAACACUGCAUCCAAAACAGAAUACAGAAUGUGAAACAUCCCAUUGUUCUCUGCCAGGAGUGAGGCCCAAUUGAGGGCCCUGCAGAAGGACCAGGCUCGACUGGAGCAGAGGCUAACAGACAUACGGAAGGGAACCACCUUCCUGAAAGAUUUGGGUCACCUGCACAAGAGCUACCUGGACCAUAGAAAAGCCCACCCUAACCAGGCGGAGGAGGUGAGGAGGAGGAUGUCAACAACAAGCCUUGUUCACCUAGUUACAGCUCAGAAUUUAACCUAAUGCUGACAUCCAGUCACUUACAACAAUGUUUCUUAUUUAUGGCCAAAGACUGUUAUGGAUGAGUCUUCAGAGGGCAUGAAUCAAAUCGAAUGUUAUGUCGCAUGCGCCGAAUACAACGGGUGUAGUCUUUACCUUGAAAUGUUUGCUGACAAGCCCUUUUUUACAAUGCAGAGUGAAAAUACACAAGAAUGGCGCUAUAAACAGAAUAGGCAGUGAUAACCUAUUAUAGUGGCUUAAAGUGAGCUAAAGCACUGUUCUGUUGACAUCUGUUGUUCCCGUUCCACAGUAUGGCCCCUCCAGUCUACCAGCUCUUCUCCUGGAAGCCCGUGAUGUGCUGGGGACUGAGGAUCAGCUGAAGACUGUCAACGAGAGGCUGCAACAGGCUCUGGACAGA